AUGUUCGCCCGCUCGCAGACGUCUGUCGCGUGCGCGACGACAACGUCUAAGUGGACGUCCGACUGCCCCCGUCACCGUCGAAUCGCCGCUCACAGAGCGUCGUCGUCAACGUACAGAGCGCGCGCGUACACUGGUGGAAUGCCCGGACCGAUGAAACCCGACGACGACGACGGUCUCAACGCCGACGACUUCACGAUCGACGAUAUUCGAGCGCUUCGUAAGAAAGUUGACGAACUCGAGAGCGCGCUCUCGAUGGAACGCACGGCGAAGAAGAUGCUCGAGGAUCAACUGCGCACGGCGGUGGGGACGGUGAGCAAGAUUCUCGCCGAGAAGCGCGAGUUAGAGUUCGAGAUCAGGGACGCUCGAGAGGGGAAGGAGUGA